AUGGAUUUUGUGUUAGCAUUCAGUAAUGAAUUGACAUCAUUAUCAGACUCAGAUAUACCACUUUCCAAGGCUAAAAUGGCUUCAAUAACAAGAGCUGCCAUGAAAGCAUUAAAGUUUUACAAAUAUAUUGUACAAAGGGUCGAAAAGUUUAUAGCAAAAUGCCCACCGCAGUUCAAACUUCCUGGACUUUACAUUAUUGACUCCAUUGUUAGACAGUCUAAACACUUUUAUCGAGAAAAAGAUGUUUACGGGCCCAGAUUUUUACGAAACUUGGUAUCCGUUUUCAUCUCUGUUUUGCAAUGUGAUGAGAAAGAUAAACCAAUGGUAUCUCACUUACUAUACUUAUGGGAGAGUUCUUCCGUCUUCCCAAAAGAAGUAUUAUAUGCUUUAAAGGAUAUUAAAACAGAUCCAGAAAACCCGCAAGUCAUAGAAAAAGCCGAGGAAGUUGUCCGUGAAGCUCUGCUUAAGUUGUCAAAUCAUAAUGUAGCAGAUACUACAAUGCAGUUGCUUCCUCCACGAAAUCACUCAGUUUUAAAUAAUAAUAGCACUACAAAAAUGUACAGUAUGGCUCCUUUUGAGGAUACUGAUAAGUGCACUAGAAAAAGCUCGAGUGCAAGGGUCCAGUUACUUCAGUUACAAGCCCUUCAGAAAAAGAUCGCUGAACAGUUGGCUUUACUCAACCAAGAGCGAACAAUCGAUCCUGAAUUGCUUACUCAAAUUCAUAUUCUUAUGUCAGAGUUGACUAGACGAGCUGAAGUAGCCGCAGCACAGCUUGCGGAUAAAGAAAAUGCUGAUGAAGAUUUAAGUGUUAUCGAUCCAAAUAUUUUGGCACGUUUACAAUCUAUGGUUGAUACACUUGCACAUACUCGUGCACUACAAGAACAAUUGAAUGAAGCGCUUGCAGAACAUGAACAACCUUGGCAGCAACAACAACAACACCACCAGAAGGAGACGACUGUGCGUUCUGCAAACGGCAUUGCUAUGCAAUCGGAAGGUGAUACAAGCAUGGAUAGUAGGAGGUGUAUAGACAACUAUAUCGGAUCUGGCAAGCACAAGACAGACCUUUCUAUACGAAGUGAUUCUAAACGGUUAAUCCGACCUACGACGCCUCCGUAUUCCUCAGAUGUAGAAGAUGAGUCGACAGUUCCACAGACCUACGAGAGAAAAUCUUACUGGCCUGAAAGGAAUAGACCACUAACAGCUAAAACAAAUUCAAGGCACUUGGAGUCUCGGCCUAUGGAUGAUAGUACAUAUCGCGAUGUAAAUGCCUAUCAUGGCUCGCGUAAACACUAUCUGCACAAUUCCCGUCAAGCGUCGUAUAACCACCAUGAGGAUGUUAGAGUGGAUGAUGAUGGAUUGAUACCAUCAGAGAAAUAUUCUUCUUCUUUAUCCGAACGUAAUCAUAAUGAUGAUCAAAAUCACCUGUCGAAAGAAAAUCUCAAACGAUUGAAUUCAGACUAUGAAGGUGGUGGUUAUGCUGAUGAUGAGGAUGCCUCAUCUGGCCAACGAUGUCGUAAAUACAGUCGUUUGGAUUCAUAUGAUGACCGACUGGUUAGCCAUUCUACACGAUCAGGAUUCCUGGAGUCCCACAAUAAUAAUAAACUCAAUCCAUCCGAUAUUGAACAUGAUGCGUCAGAUAAUUUUGUUGAAGAUUAUAUCACUGAAUCACCUAUGCAGAGCCCCGCUAUACGUCGACGUCUAGAUGACAGUUUCUUUCUUCAGCAUGGAUCACCAUCGUCAAAUGAAUAUGACAUUGUGAAACACCGUGAACGUCGUCGAAAGCAUCUUGGUCUGCCUCUACUGAAACCAAAUCAUGUCGGCAUCUUAUCGCAUACCGUGUUCAUAGGCCAUUUACAUAAACAAAUUGCAGAGAGUCUACUUCGAACAUUUUGUUCCGAAAUAACUGAAGGUCAGGUAGUUGAAUGUAAUUUCAUUCCCCCGCGAGGUUGUGCAUUUGUCACUUUUGCCACUCGACGGGCAGCACAUCGUGCAGUUUGUCAAAUGGAUCGAUCAACUAUGAAUGGUCGACAGGUGAAGGUUGCUUGGGCUCCAAAUCUUGGCGUGAAGUCGAACGAAGUAUAUCUGGCGAAUUAUUGGGAUACAGAGCAAGGCUGUACAUAUUUACCUGUGGAGGAGUUUCUCAAACUUACACAUUCUCAGUUUGCUGAUCUUUUAGAUGGUUUUGCAGAGGUCGAUGAAGAAUCAUUCAAUGAUGCAAGAGUUAGAAGUUUUAUCAGGAAUACCAAUAGGGCUAGUGAUAAUAUUAAAACUGAAAAAAUAUCCUUGAGCAAUUCUCCAGAUGGAAAGUUGGCUAAGAAAUCACAAACUGCAACUGCCCAGAAAGUGGUGAAUACAACAUCAUCACGAUCCACGUUUCCACCUGUCAUGUCUCCCGUGGCAGUUGUUGUCAGCUCAAAUGCUGCUUCAAUUUCUUCAGUGUCACCUGUUGUUGUUACUCAAACUGUACCGAUGAUGUUAUCCUUAGUACGAGCUAAUCAGAAUAUUAUCCCUCAACAACAACAACAACAACAGCAACCUAACAACCUUAAUGUGGCAAAUCAACAAAAUCGCUUCCCUGCUAAUAACAUGUGCUUUCCACAACACCCUAACAAUAUACAAUCGGUCCUACCUCGACCACCUAUCAGAAUGCUACCAUCACACUCUUCAUGGCCGCAAGAAUCAUCCCGCACAAAUACGCAUACCGGACCAUUGGUUCAGUCAAAUUUACUACCUCAUAUUCAGAGAAAUGAAAAUUGUCAUCUAGCAGCAUCAUCAUCAUCAAACGCUUACAAUAUGCAAAUGUUUGGGAAGUCUUCUUACAUGGCAGUACGUUCAUCUCUACCGACAUUUCCCUUUCCUCCACUAUGUCUCCCUCAACAACAACACCAACAACAACGUACAGGACUACCAAUGGAAUCUGCAUUCAAUCCAUUAAGAGGUGUACUAUCAGGCGGAGGCGCAGGAGCUGUUGGUGGCGGUGUUGGUAGAAUGCCGGCAAUGAAUAACGACAACACUGGAGGGGGCAUGCAUUUACAGCAAUGGUCCACCACUCCUCAGGUGUCUUUACAGCAACAACAACAGCAGCAACAGAUGUCAUGUUCACCUUAUACUUCCUUUCCAAUAAAUUCAAUGCGACAAAAUGCCUUUAAUAACCGACCAAUGUAUCCACCACCACCUGCAGGUGCUGGUGCUUGUGGUGGUGUACCACCAUUUGGGCAAGGAAAAUUUUCUCAAGGAUUUUCAGGACAAUGA